AUGGAGACAGAAAAUGGCACAGUGGUGACAGAAUUCAUCCUCCUUGGUCUGACUCAGUCUCAAGAUGCUCAACUCCUGGUCUUUGUGCUAGUCUUGAUUUUCUAUCUCAUCAUCCUUCCUGGAAAUUUUCUCAUCAUUCUCACCAUAAGAUCAGACCCCAGCCUCACGGCUCCCCUCUACUUCUUCUUGGGCAACUUGGCCUUCCUGGAUGCAUCCUACUCCUUCAUUGUGGUUCCCAGGAUGCUGGUGGACUUUCUUUCUGAGAAGAAGGUAAUCUCCUACAAAGGCUGCAUCAUACAGCUCUUUUUCUUGCAUUUUCUUGGCGCAGGGGAGAUGUUCCUUCUUGUCGUGAUGGCCUUGGACCGCUAUAUUGCUAUAUGUCGGCCUUUACACUAUUCAACCCUCAUGAAGCCUAGAACCUGCUAUGCAUUAUUGUUGACUCUGUGGCUUGGAGGCUUUGCCCAUUCCAUUGUGCAAGUGGCCCUUAUCCUGCACUUGCCUUUCUGUGGCCCAAAUCAGCUGGAUAACUUCUUUUGUGAUGUCCCACAGAUCAUCAAGCUGGCCUGCACUGACAUCUUCGUGGUGGAGCUCCUGAUGGUCUCCAACAGUGGCUUACUCAGCCUCCUGUGUUUUCUUGGGCUUCUGGCCUCCUAUGCAGUCAUCCUCUGCCGUGUAAGGGGUCACUCCUCUGAAGGGAAGAACAAGGCUAUCUCCACAUGCACCACCCACAUUAUCAUUGUGUUUCUCAUGUUUGGACCUGCUAUUUUCAUCUACACUCGCCCCUUCCAGGCUUUCCCAGCUGACAAAGUGGUUUCUCUCUUCCAUACAGUCAUCUUUCCUUUGAUGAACCCUGUGAUUUAUACACUUCGCAACCAGGAAGUGAAAGCUUCCAUGAGGAAGUUGUUAAGUCAGCAUAUGGUUUGUCAAAUGGAAUAG